AUGGAGAAAGACUGGGGUGAAGAUGUAACAGAAUUUCAGCCUCCCCCUGAUUACAUACUCAUGGCUGAUUGCAUUUACUACGAGGAGUCGUUAGAGCCGCUGCUGAAGACGCUGAGGGACCUCACAGGCCCCGACACCUGUGUCUUGUGCUGUUAUGAACAGAGGACUAUGGGAAAGAAUCCUGAAAUCGAGAGGAAGUACUUUGAGCUGCUUCAGGUGGACUUUGAGCUGGAAACAAUUCCCCUGGAUAAGCAUGAUGAGGAGUAUCGCAGCGAGGACAUCCACAUCCUGAACAUCCACAGGAAACCAGUGAAUUCUCCAUCGUGA